AUGGGCAAGACCAAGACCAAGUCCGGGGAGAAGCGCAAGGCGGAGCCCGAGAGCACCUCUCUCUUCGGGGGCAAGAAGGACGAGGGGCUGAGCGGUCUCUUCAGUGCGGCGGCUACGUUUACUGCGCCCACGGCGGCGAAGAAGAAGGCGAAGCUCGCGGCUCCCGAGCCCGAGGAGGCUGAAUCUGUUGGCGAGGACGAGAGCGACACGACCGAAGACGAAGACGAGGACGAGUCGGCCGACUCGGACGUGGGCCAGGAGCCCGCAGACGAGGCCGAUGCCGACUACGCUGCGACGCGGGACGCGAUGGAUGCCGCCAUCGCCAAGCGCGCGCAGAAGGCGGCGGCGAAGCGGGCCGCGGACGGAAGUGCGGCCGUCGAGGCGAAGGAGGCGAAGGAGCUCGCGAAGCGGGUCAUGAAGGGGGCCAAGGCCAAGGCGGCCGAGGAGGCGGCUGCCGACGAGGCUGAGGAGUUGGAUGAGGAGGAGGACUCUGAGGCCGAGGGAGAGGCAGAGCAGGAGGACUCAGACUCCGAGGCCGAGCUCGUCCACGAGUCCCUCAAGACCCCCCCCGAGCGGAGAAAGCGUGAUGCGAAGAAGUACGUCCCGGAGGACGAGAGCCGGGCGGACCGGGACCGGCGGACGAUCUUUAUCGGUAACGUGCCCAUCGAGUGUGUCAAGGAGAAGUCCGCGCUGAAAGCGCACAUCCGCGCCUUCGUGCCCACGGCCAAGAUCGAGAGUGUCCGAUUCCGCUCCGUCGCGUUCUCAAAGCCGACGGUCGCGCUGCCGGACGACGAGGAGGCGGGCAACGCCGAGGGUAAGCGCGCGCGGCGCGAGAAGGCGCGUGCGGCCGCGUGGCGCAAUGCCCAGGACGCCGACGAGGGGCGCGGCACGCGGAGGGGCGAGGACGACGUCGUUGAUAAGAGCAAGAGCUUCCUCGACGCGAAGGGCAAGCGCAAGGUUGCGUUUAUCAAGAAGGACUUCCACGAGAGUGCCGCGGCGUGCAAUGCCUACCUCGUCUUCGAGCAUGCGCGCCCAGACCGGCCCGCAAACCUCCCGCCCCUCAUGAACCCUUACGACGCGGCCGCGGCCGCGCUCGCCGCCAACGGCACAGAGUUCAUGGGCAACACGCUGCGCGUGGACACGAUGCGUUCCCCCGCCGCCGCCGCGCUGUCGUCCGCCUCGACCUCACUCUCGAAGCGCGACGCGUGGCUCCCCUCGGGGACAGACCCGAAGAGCUGCGUCUUCGUCGGCGGCCUCGACUAUGCCGCCAAAGAAGAAGACGUGCGCGCCUUCUUUGAGGCGCUGGUUGUGUCUGAGCGCGGCGCGCCCUCCGAGGGGACUUAUGUGACCUCGGUCCGCCUGAUUCGGGACCGGGACACGCAACUGGGCAAAGGGUUCGGAUACGUCCACUUCGUCGACCGGGAGAGCGUGGACGAGGUCAUCGCGCUGCCCUCUUCCAAGCUCAAGUUCGCCAAGCGCCCGAUUAGGGUGCAGCAGUGCAAGACCCUCCCCGGGGCCCAGAAACGCCCCGUGCUCUCAGCCGUCCCAGCGGGCUCGAAGAAGGCGCCGAAGAAGCUCCGCACCGCCCCAGCAGUCAUGCCCAAGGGCAACCCCGAGCUGGGCGAGAAACUGAAGAACCUGAGCAAGGAUGAGCGCAAGGCGGCGAAAGCGAGCGAUGCGGAGCGUCUCGCGCGCCGUUUGGCGAAGAAACAGGCCAAGGUCGCCGCGCAGCAUCGCGAGACUGGAGCUGUCAAGCUGGCCUCGACCAAGGCUGAGAAGAACUCUCGGGCUAAGAAUGUCAAGGCCAAGAAGGGACGGGCGAGGAGCUCGAAUGCCAUUGCCAAGAUGAAGGGCGCUAGGCAGUAA